CUUACCCUAAUGUAAGAUGGUGGCCCGUCUAGCUGUGGAACCCACCGAAAGCUGAGAGUCUCUCUCAGCCGUAAAGGUCGGACUCGCUGAAGCAGUCAGGCCCGGUUCUGAAGAGUUUUUUCGCCGACUCUCGUUCAUUGGUCUCCUGUGAGGACUCGGCAGCGCGUGGAGUCGGCUAAGAGAAAAGCGAGGCAAGGCAGGCGGGUCUUCAGAAUUCUACAUUUUAGCUCUCAGUGCUGAAUUUCCUUCCCUUAAGUUAUUAUAAACUUUUGCUGCUGUCAAAGAAACGUGAAGAUGUCUCGCAGUCCCGAUGCAAAGGAAGACCCUGUGGAAUGCCCUCUUUGCAUGGAGCCCUUGGAGAUAGACGAUAUUAACUUUUUCCCUUGCACCUGUGGCUACCAGAUAUGCCGAUUUUGUUGGCAUCGAAUUCGCACUGAUGAGAAUGGACUUUGUCCUGCAUGUAGAAAGCCAUAUCCAGAAGACCCAGCAGUUUAUAAACCACUUUCCCAGGAAGAAUUGCAAAGGAUAAAGAAUGAGAAAAAACAGAAACAAAAUGAGAGAAAACAGAAAAUCUCAGAAAAUCGAAAACAUUUGGCUAGUGUACGUGUUGUACAAAAAAACCUCGUCUUUGUUGUAGGUCUGUCACAGCGUCUAGCCGAUCCAGAAGUUUUAAAACGGCCAGAAUAUUUUGGGAAGUUUGGUAAAAUACAUAAAGUUGUCAUCAAUAAUAGCACAUCAUAUGCAGGCUCACAGGGUCCGAGUGCCAGUGCUUAUGUAACCUAUAUUCGGUCAGAAGAUGCUCUCAGAGCAAUACAGUGUGUCAACAAUGUGGUGGUAGAUGGCAGGACACUUAAGGCAUCUUUAGGUACAACGAAAUACUGCAGUUACUUCUUAAAGAAUAUGCAGUGUCCAAAGCCCGACUGCAUGUAUCUACAUGAAUUGGGAGAUGAGGCAGCCAGCUUCACAAAAGAGGAAAUGCAGGCGGGUAAACACCAAGAGUAUGAACAGAAGCUACUCCAGGAAUUAUAUAAAUUAAAUCCCAAUUUUCUUCAGCUAUCUACGGGUUCAGUUGAUAAGAAUAAGAACAAAGUGACACCAUUGCAGAGGUAUGAUGCCCCCAUUGACAAACCUUCAGAUUCUCUCAGUAUAGGGAAUGGUGAUAAUUCCCAACAGAUAUCUAACAGUGAUACGCCUUCACCACCACCUGGCUUAUCAAAAUCCAAUCCUGUCAUCCCCAUCAGUUCAUCCAAUCACAGUGCAAGGUCUCCUUUUGAAGGGGCAGUAACAGAGUCACAGUCAUUAUUCUCAGACAAUUUUCGCCACCCCAACCCUAUACCAAGUGGGCUUCCUCCUUUUCCCAGCUCUCCACAGACACCCAGUGAUUGGCCUACAGCUCCAGAACCACAGAGCCUCUUCACAUCAGAAACAAUCCCAGUAUCAUCAUCUACAGACUGGCAAGCAGCAUUUGGCUUUGGUUCUUCUAAACAACCAGAGGAUGACUUGGGUUUUGAUCCCUUUGAUGUCACUCGAAAAGCCUUAGCAGACCUGAUUGAGAAGGAACUGUCUGUCCAAGACCAACCUUCCCUUUCUCCCACAUCUCUUCAGAACUCCUCCUCACACACUGCAACCGCCAAAGGUCCAGGCUCUGGAUUCCUGCAUUCCGCUGCACCUACAAAUGCCAAUUCUCUUAAUAGUACCUUUUCAGUCUUGCCACAGAGGCUUCCUCAAUUUCAGCAGCACCGAGCAGUUUAUAAUUCAUUCGGUUUUCCAGGCCAGGCAGCCCGCUAUCCUUGGAUGGCCUUUCCACGCAAUAGCAUCAUGCACUUGAACCACACAGCAAACCCCACCUCAAAUAGUAAUUUCUUGGACUUGAAUCUCCCGCCACAGCACAACACAGGUCUGGGAGGGAUCCCCAUAGCAGGGGAAGAAGAGGUGAAGGUUUCGACCAUGCCACUGUCAGCCUCUUCCCAUUCAUUACAACAAGGACAGCAGCCUACAAGUCUCCACACUACUGUGGCCUGACAACAGAUCUGAAAGGAAAGGAGAGGAUUAGACUCGGGGUGCUUGCAUGGGCAACUGGAUUUUUGCAUGGUUCCUCUCUGACUUCAUUUAAUGUAUACACCCACAAGAGCCAAUAUAAACGUUCCUCAUGCGACAACUAGCGUGUACCUCAUAGUUGCUAAAGUAUUUCUUCAUUGGGCCUUUAACAUAAUUUAUUAGCAUAAUAAUUUUGGCAUUGUUUCUCAUGAGUGAUACUACUUUUAACUCAUACAAAUAAACUUAGAGUAUUAAUUAAGAUCCCAGAGGAGAUUAGCUAGACCUGUUCUUGUUUUGACUCUAUUAUUGGAAAUAUACAAAAGUAAUGGUAGUUCUUUGUUUUUUGGUUUGUGAAAAAAAAAAAAUGGUAAUAUUCUAAUCUACUCCAAAAUUUUUGAAACAUUAAGAUAAUGUCUAUUGCAUUCUUGGAAUUUUUGAAAAGAAAGAAUACAUAUAAAACAAAACUGGUGGUGUCAUUUAAUGCUCAGAAAGAUGUUGUCAGCUGUUGUUUUUAGUUGCCUAGAUUUAUAUCAUAUAUAAUGCAUUACAUGUAUACAAACUGUUUUGUUCUUUCUCAUUUGCACAUUUGCACUUUUCUUUUUGAAUGGUUGUUAAUUAUACAUAGAUGGUUAAAAGGUAAUUAUUAUGGCCUAAAUGCAAUAUAAUCUCUUUUCUAAUGCACUGCCUAGUAUACCAGGAAAUGCCUCAAAAACAGAACUUCAACUUGUAGUUGACUUAUUAGAAACUUGAACAUGGGGUAAACAUUGUAUGUAAGUAGUAGCCAUAGUAGUGUAACAUUUUUAUUGAGCAAACAAUAGUUCAGUGGAAUCUGUUUGGAAAUUUCAUUGUUAAAUAAAUGAUACGUGGUAAAAGUACCUGACCAGAGUAAGACUUAGAGUGGAAGAGAGAAGCUAGGUGUCCUGUAAAAUGAGAUAAGUAUAAGUUGUCAUAGAUAACUUAGAUAAUCAGAGAACAGUGGAGUACUUUAUAAGAGCAUAAUGUAAAGUGAUGCUUUUGAUAAUGCAAAACUUAUUGAAAGUUUCAAAAAUGAUAAUAAAAAAAUAAACUGAACUUAGUUCUGAGAAGUGGACAAAAGCUGAUUUAAAAAAAAGAAAAAUCACCAUAAUUUCCCUAAAAGCGUUUGGGGAGAAAGAGAAAGCCAGACCUCUUGAGAUUUAAAAAAAAGAAAAAGAAAAAAAAGUAUGCCUUAAUUUGUUAAAAACAAUAUGAAAAGGGUACUGUGAAUACCAAAAAACCUUAAUAUUAUGUUAAAUCUAAAUUAACAUAAUAUUAAUCAUAAACCACCUUAUGUGAAGAUGAUGCUAAUGUUUUAUAGCAUUGGCAUUUCUCGGUUACUUUUGAAUAUAAAAUAUGGUAAUUUCCUGUAUAUUACAAAAUAAAUGGCUUCAUUCUGAGGUAUAGUGGAAUAAAGUGGAAAUUUAUUCUUAAAUUUAUUUAUUUAUUUUUAAUUUGGUUGAGGUCAGAAUUGACCAAUUCUCCACCCAUCUAAGUUAUGUUUUUAGAGUUCAUCGUAACUAUCGAUCUCUAGCUCUCAUUUAAAAGUAAAUUUACGGCAACAUUAUAAGAAAGCCACUGUCUUAGAAAAUACGAGAACAAUAGUGUACACUUAUUUAAACUUCAGCCUUUAGUCAUAUCUUAAUUCAGUUAUGGUUUUCAUUUGACUAUAAUGGAUCAAGGAUUGCUAUGUGUUCUGUGGGGUUAGGGCUUUUGGACUGUGUUACUGGAAAUCUGGCUUCUUGUAAUGAUGCUUACUAGACCUGAGCUUUCUGCAGCUUUCACGUGAGCCUUUCAGUGGCUCCCUUUUCGUACAAGGCCACAGAGGGUGACUGGCUUCCAUUUACUCACUCUGUUGUGAGGGAUGCUGUGAGCAAAGUUUCUUUCCUUCUCUUUCUCUGUCCUUUUUCAUUCAUGAUUUGUAUAGAAAAUUUGUCCAAAGUUUUCCCAGACUUGCCCAUCGUCCCCAGUAAGAGUUCAAGGCUAUUUCUUCCCCCUGCAUCCUUUCUUUUCCCUGUACUUUCUGACAUACCAUGAAUUUGGGAAAUGCUUUUUAGGCGAUUAGAACUCAGCAUUACAACUUUUAUGUAAAAUGGUUAAGAAUUUACUUUUAAACUGUGUUUUAUUUUAAUUUCUAGACCCCAUUAGGCCUCACCUUUUUGCUUAAUAUUAAUUUUGCUUAAUGUUUUUUAGACAUCUUUAAAGUUAUAAUUUCCAUUAAAGGAUAGAAGAAAUUUUGCAGCACAUAAAAAUACCAUUUUAUGUGGUGGGCAAAUUUAACUAAAAUGGUGGAAACAGUGAGAAAUGAUAAGAAACUUCAGGUGUGUCUGUACAUUCUUGUACGGUGCAUCUUACACUAGCGUACUUCUUUUCUUGACCAUUAUAGGUGACUAUUUUCUUUAACACAGGAAUUUUUAACCCGGAGUCCCAAACUCUUGGAAGGUAUAUGUGAAAUGGUGUGUGUGUUCAUAUGCAUGCCUGAGCACCCACUCGCAUAUCCAGGUGCAUUUAUUUGUUGAUUUUCUAAGGAAGAUCCAUAGUUACUAGAUUGAUAAAGAGUUUGGUGACAUUCUCCCUCUCAAAAGGUUUCAAAUGGUUAAGAAAUGACUGCCAUGAAAUGCCUUUAGUCCCUGAAGAAAAUAGAGUCCUACUCUGACUGACUUUUAGUUCUGGGAUGUGAGGUGCUCUUUUGUUUUCUCAAAGAUCUCAGUAGAAAAUGUUUUGAUAAAUAAUGAUUUCCUUUCCAUUCUUUGUUUUCUUCAGGUGGUAGAUACUUUGAUAUAUUCUCCCUUUUAUUUCAGCAAAGCGUUAAUUAAAUAUUAUUGUUCUAUAAAGUGACCUGAGCUGGAUCUUGAGUGAUACAAGGUUGAAUAAAGCAUACAGACACCAGUCUAGUGCAGACUUAUUUCACAUUAUUUUUAUUAUGUCAACCCUUGAUUACUUUUAUCACAACAGCCAUGGCAAUCCAGACUCGUCCCAGUACUCAUCCCAGUAACUGCUCUGACAGUGGCAACAAAGAGUGUUCAAUACUGAUACUUCAAUUCUAAAAUGCAAAUUGAUUUGAAGGGAAGUUUAAACAAACAAUAGAAAAGAC